AUGGCCAGAGAGCAUAAGAACUCUCUGGUGAGGACUCCGUUCACCGAUGAUAUAUACCACACUGACAGACCAAAGAAAUUCAUUAUGCCUUCCUUCACUCAGUUUGAUGGCACGAGAGAUCCUUCCCGUCAUCUGGAUCAGUACUCACAGAAGAUGGCACUAGACAAUCACAACGAUGUGUUCAUGUAUCCCUUAGGCAGCAAGCGGCAAGUGGAAAACAUGAUAACCAAAGGUGAUUUGGCAGAUUACCUCACACCAAAAGAGUACGUGAAGUCUCAGGAGGUUAAUCCUCGGAAAGUAGCGGGAAAUCAAGUGAAGGUUAUCCAUGCAAUACACGGGAGGUCAGAAGACGACCAAGAGUCAGAAGAGGUAUACCGAUCCAGACUGAAGACAGCCCACAAGCUAAGGAAGCUAUCCUCUGUAAACACUAUCACUUCAGGCAGUAUCAGUAUUGGGUUCGGCAAUGGAGAUUUAUCACGAGUUCAGCUUCCCCAUGAGGAUCCGCUGGUCAUCAGUCUUCUGGUGGCAAAUUGCAUGAUCAAAAGAGUAUUAGUAGACUCAGGUAGUAGCCCCAAUAUUAUCACAAAGGCAGUCUUUGAGCAAUUGGAGAUUUUGUCAUCAUCAAUUCGGCCCACCUUUAGUCCUUUGAUGGGGUUCGAUGGCACGAAGAUGGACCCUAUUAGGGUAAUUGAUCUAUCCGUCACUGUAGCAAAUUGGACAUUAAAGGAGAACUUUGUUUUAACAGACAUCCAUCCUUCUUACAAUCUCAUUAUGGGCAGAGGCUAG